AUGCUGGGACCACACCAGCUUGAGGAGGAGGAAGGCAACGGCUCUUGGCACCCGAGAGGCUGCAGAGUGUGCUCCUGGCACGCUGCUAUGAUGUGCAGGAGGGGUGCUGGGCCUGGGAAGGGCUUGGCAGCUCACAGCAGGUAGUGGGGCUGGGAUGGGGGCACAGCAUCGUGUGGUGUUGCUGUGUUUGGGUGCUGUGUGCUCUCUGCUUGUGCUGCGUUGAAUGGGAUGUGUGGGACAGAGUAGACAGCUCCCAGCUGGGCUUUCCUGUGGGGAAUGCAGGUCUUGCACUGGGGAGGAGUGGGAUAAACCUUCCUGGAUGGAAUUUGGGACAGAUGAUGAGGCUGCAGAACUGGCUGAUGCUUUGGAGGAGGGGUGGGUGUGCGUGCAGUGGUGGGACAGUGACACAAGCCUGGGGGUGGCUGUGUGCAGAUAAGCACUCUGCUCCAGGAGAUACAAGCCUGGGGCCAAGCAGCUCUCCUCACUGUUUGGCCGUGGUGAGGGCUGCACUGAAUGCCCACAGUUCUCUCAUGAUUGGGUGGGUGGAACUUCUGCACAGGACUGAGCAUCACCUCCUGCUGCCGCGUCCCAUGGCGAUGCUCUGAGCUCAGGAGAAAUCCCCAGCAAACACAGGGACCCCAGCAGGACGUUUCUCCCGGGAGCAGAGUGCUGAGGGAGUUUGCAGAUCCUGGCCGCGUGCUCUUUCCAAGAGCAGCUCUCAAAGCAGCAGCAUUUUGCAGAUGUGGAGGAAUGAGCGUCUGCCCUUUGCCCUCCCACACAAAGAAUUUUGCAUCUGGGGAAGUGAGAGCGAGCUGGGGGACAGCCCUGAUAUUCCCUGCUCUGCAGAGCCAUACCCUGCACAGGGGGACCCAGAGCUCAACCAGGAAUUGGGGAAGCUCUGAAGAAUUGUGUUUGAGCCAGGUUAAUGAAGCCCAGCAGCUUGGGGAAUCUGUGCUGCACGUGGUGUUGGGGUGCGUGUACGGCAAGGACGUGGGGCUGCAGAUGGGAUCACAAAGAGCAGAGCCUUUUUGCAAUGGGUUGGGGGGUGUUUGGGUAUCAACUCCUUGGGCAGAGGGGGACGUGCUGGGAAUGAAUGUGCCUUGGGAAGUGGGCUGGGAAGAUCCCCAUCCAGCUAUUGUGGGCGAGUCCUUCCCUUUCCAUGCAGAUAGUGGCUCAGGAAACCCGGAGAAACACGGCUCCUGGAAGCACUGCUGUGGGGAGGAGGUGGUCCUGACGGGGGAUCUGUGCUCUUGUAGGGUUGUGCCACGGGGAGGUGCCCCAAUGCACAGCCAUGCUGCCCAUCUGCCCUCCCCUCCUCACCCAAUGCCCGAGCUGCGUGCAGAUGGGAGAGGGGAGGAGGAAAGCUGGCUCAGCGUUAUCACAGCCACCAGCACACUCCGUGGGUUGGUGCCUCUAUCUCGGCCGCGUGGUUUUGCUUCCUUCCAGGGUGUGCCGAGUGCCUGAAACUCAUCCGGGAUGAACAAACCACGCGGCAGUUGCCCAACGUCCUGCUUGCUGUGGGAAUAGGCAGAAGGAAAGUGAGGAGAGUUUCCCAAUUGCGCACCCAGGGAACUUGUCAGGCUCCUGCCUGGCCCGGCUGCUCUCGCACCAGUCCCACCAGGCAGAGCAAGAGAACCUCAGCCAUGCCCUGGGACUCCCAUGCGUGAAGGACAGAGGAGAAGGGAGAAGGAGUCCAUUGAGACGCACUGCGUGGGAUCCCUGCCACGCUUAUGAGCCUGCCACCCACUCAAGAUGGCAUCCAGCAACAAGAAUGGGAGCAGCCGCUCCAGCAGCAGCCGCCUGCAGAGCAAGAAGCCCCCCAACCUCUCCAUCGUGAUCCCCCCGCCCCGGGAGGCAGAGGAGGACGGCACCCACAAGGAGCCCUCCAAGGUGCCCAUCUAUCGGAAGAGCAAGAGCCUGCAGGAGCCACGCUCAAAGGGAUGUGAGAACUCGGAGCGGCGGCCGGGCUUCCGCCGACAGACAUCUCUGUCCCAGAGCAUCCGCAAGGGCACGGCGGAAUGGUUCGGCGUCAGCGGCGACUGGGAGGGGAAGCGGCAGCACUGGCAGCGCCGCAGCUUGCAGCACUGCAGCAUGAGAUACGGCAAACUGAAGGCUGCCUAUCGCGACAUGGAGCUGCCCAGCCAGGAGGUGCCCUCCUUCCAAGGCACCGAGUCACCCAAACCGGCCAAGAUGCCCAAGAUCGUGGACCCUCUGGCCAGGGGCCGUCCCUUCCGCCACCCCGAUGACACCGACCGUCCCCAUACGCCCCACCACGUCCUGCCCCCCCACACCCCUGGUGUCACGUCGCUGGCAUCCCUGGGCAGUGCCCGCUCUGCUUACAGCCGCCUGCCACGCCGCAAGAGGCUCUCUGUGGCACACAUGAGCUUCAGGGCGGCCGCCGCGCUGCUCCGUGGCCGCUCUGUCUUGGAGCCUCUGACUGAGAAGCAGAGGAGCACCAAGAGGAGCUUCAUGUACCCCAGCUUCAUGGAUGAGGACGUGGUGGAUACUGCUGACACUCUGGACUCCUCCUUCUUCAGUAAGAUGGACACGCACGACGAGACCUAUUCCAUGCCAGAUGACGUCUUCGAGUCACCACCACUCUCAGCCACGUAUUUACGCAUGCACUCGGUGGGGGAGGAUGUCAGGGCAUCCCCAGAGGUGGAGCAGACUGCACUACGUGAGGGUGCCCGUCUCGCUGCUGCCUCAGCUGGCCCGGCCCCCCAGAGGGGCAGACGCAUCGCUUCCAAAGUGAAGCAUUUCGCCUUCGACCGCAAGAAACGCUACUAUGGACUGGGGGUGGUGGGGCAGUGUCUGAACAGGACGUACCGCCGCAGCCUCAGCAGCAUCGUGCAGUCACAGCUGGAGAUCACCGACAGCCACCGGCCGUAUUUCACCUACUGGAUCACCUUUGUCCACAUCAUCAUCACCUUGCUGGUCAUUGGCACGUAUGGUAUCGCUCCCAUUGGCUUCACCCAGCACGUGACGACAGAGUUAGUGCUGAGGAACAAAGGUGUGUAUGAAAGUGUCAAGUACAUCCAGCAGGAGAACUUCUGGAUCGGGCCCAGCUCGAUCGACCUGAUCCAUCUAGGAGCCAAAUUCUCACCCUGCAUCCGAAAGGACCGCCAGGUGGAGCGGCUCAUCCAGCGCGAACGGGACCGGGAGCGGAACUCUGGCUGCUGCGUCCAGAAUGACAAAUCGGGCUGCAUCCAAACACUGCCGCAGGACUGCUCGGAAACGCUGGCAACGUUCAUCAAGUGGCCCAACAACAACACGCCGACCAUGGGCUCCGGUGAGAAGCGCACGUCGGGGGCUGUGUGUCACCAGGACCCCAGGACGUGUGAAGAGCCGGCCUCAAAUCCCCCCCAUGUGUGGCCAGAUGACAUCACCAGGUGGCCGAUCUGCACCUACGAGACCAAAACCAACCACACAGGCCUCCCUCACAUGGACUGCCAGAUCAAGGGCAGGCCGUGCUGCAUCGGCACCAAGGGCAGCUGUGAGAUCACAACACGGGAGUACUGCGAGUUCAUGCAUGGCUACUUCCACGAGGAGGCAACUCUCUGCUCACAGGUGCAUUGCCUGGAUGAAGUCUGUGGCCUCCUGCCCUUCCUCAACCCGGAGGUCCCCGACCAGAUCUACCGCCUGUGGCUGUCCCUGUUCCUGCAUGCAGGCAUCAUCCACUGCCUGGUGUCAGUGACCUUCCAGAUGACGGUGCUGCGGGAUCUGGAGAAGCUGGCGGGCUGGCUCCGCAUCUCCAUCAUCUUCAUCCUCAGUGGCAUCACAGGCAAUCUGGCCAGUGCCAUCUUCCUACCGUACCGGGCGGAGGUGGGCCCUGCUGGGUCUCAGUUUGGUUUGCUGGCUUGCCUCUUUGUGGAGCUCUUCCAGAGCUGGCAAGCGCUGGAGAAGCCAUGGAAAGCCUUGCUCAACCUCUCUGGCAUCGUCCUCUUCCUCUUCGUCUGCGGCCUCCUGCCCUGGAUCGACAACAUUGCCCACCUCUUUGGCUUCCUCAGCGGCCUGCUGCUCUCCUUUGCCUUCCUGCCCUACAUCACCUUCGGCACGAUGGACAAGUACCGCAAGCGGGCCAUGAUCAUCGUGUCCCUGCUGGUCUUCCUGGGCCUCUUCACCUCGCUGUUCAUCUGGCUGUAUGUCUACCCCAUCAACUGGCGCUGGAUCGAGUACCUCACCUGCCUGCCCUUCACCAGCAAGUUCUGCGAGAAGUACGAGCUGGAGCAGGUCCUGCACUGACCCACGGAGGGGCUGUGGAGCUGGGACCGGCCUGCUCAGGGCCUCCAGGCCCUCCUAACCCCAGGACAGCUUGUGGGGUGAGGCAGCAGCCGGGCCCAGCA